AUGAAAUACGACGAGAACGGAACACGACUCAUUACGGGCUACGUGCCCAAGCUCGCGCUGACGGGAGUCGCGAUCGCCGCAUAUUUCCUCCUCUCGGCCUGCUGCGUAUUCUUCUUCUUCCGCACCAGGCCUAGACCCAAAUACAUGUUAUGGGUGACGAUCGGCACGUUUACGAUGGCGGUCGGCUUUGGCGCCCGCAUCCCCAUGACAAACGACCCAGGGAGCCUGGGCAUCUACAUCGCCACCACUCUGUUCACGCUUCUUUCUCCCUGCGCGUUCCUUGCUCAGGAUUACGUUCUCCUCCCUCGUCUCGCAACAUGGCUCGACGCCGAGGACUGCUUGUUCCUCUCGUCGCGCCUCAUUGCCCGAAUCUUCAUCGGCUCAGAUAUCUGCACGUUCCUUAUCCAGGCGGCUGGUGGCGGUAUGACCGCCAUGGAAUCAAUGGCGUCCACCGGCGAGAAAAUCGCACUCAUCGGCCUCAUCAUUCAAUGCGUCAGCUUCGGCCUCUUCUGGGUCCUCCUCGUCGUCUUUGCAUUCCGUCUGCGCAGUAAUCACUCAAACAAGUGGGCGAGUGGGAGUGGGUUCAAAGGCUGGAAGGCGCUCUACUGGGCCCUCCAGUGGACGUGUAUCGGCAUCAUGGUGCGCUGCGUUUUCCGCGUUAUCGAGUUCUCCCAAGGAUACAGCGGGUACCUCCGCACCACCGAGUGGUGCUACUACGUCCUCGACACACUGCCCCUUUUCCUGGCUAUUGUGGUGUGGGCCGUCGUGUGGCCGCCCAGCAUCCUUGUCGAGAGUGACAAGUGGGCUGCGACGCACGAGCACGGGCACGAGUACGACCUCACAAGCAUGGGAGGCUCGACUUAUGGGCCCGUCACAACUGGGAGCUCUUACGACAAGGCAUGA